CUGGUACUUUAGCUUUCUAAUAAGAGGACUUGCAUGUUACUCCUCCCUGUCUUCACCAGUGGUUUUGACAAUCAGGAGAAGUUCUUAAUAUAUAAAUGAACAAAAAAUCCUCACAAAUGAUGGCUGCAGCUUCAGCUGAUUUACUGACCAUUAUUCCAUACAAGGAAGACUUCUGGAGUAACCAAACUAACCUAGCCAUAAAUGCCUCGGAAAUUCAAAAUAAUGCCAGUUGUCCCUUAGAUGAGAACUCACUGUCACUUGCUUUGAUAGUUUUUUACUCCAUUAUUUUUGUUGUUGGAUUGGUUGGAAAUAUUAUAGCCCUGUUUGCUUUCCUGUGCAUUCAUCAGAAAAGGAAUUCUAUCCAAGUUUACCUGCUAAAUGUAGCAGUUGCAGACCUUCUGCUGAUCUUCUGUCUUCCCUUCCGAAUACUCUAUCAUGUUACCAAAAACACCUGGAUGUUUGGACUGAUUUUAUGCAAGAUUGUAGGAACUCUAUUUUAUAUGAACAUGUAUAUUAGCAUAGUACUGUUGGGACUAAUUAGCCUAGAUCGUUACGUAAAAAUAAAUAAGUCUGUGAAGCAUCCUAAAAUGUUAACUACUACACGAAGUAUACAUAUUUGUUGUGUGGUGUGGGCACUUGCACUAACAGGAUUUAUAACAGUAGUUGCACCAUCUUUCUUUAAGAGUGAGGACAGCAAUUCUACCAUGUGCUUUCAUUACCGAAAUAAACAGAAUGCAAAGACAGAAGCAAUUUUAAAUUAUAUUAUUGUAAUCAUUUUUUGGAUAGUUUUUUUCCUUUUGAUACUUUCGUAUGUUAAAAUUGCCAAGAACCUUCUAAAAAUUUCAAGGAAAAGAGCAAAUUUUCCCAACGCAGGAAAAUACACCCAGACAGCAAGGAAUUCCUUCAUUGUACUCAUUAUUUUCACCAUCUGUUUUGUUCCUUACCAUGUGUUCCGGUUUGUCUACAUUACAUCACAGUUACAAAAUCCAUCUUGUUAUUGGAAGGAAGUAAUUCACAAAUGCAAUGAGGUGAUGCUUAUAUUUUCAUCUUUUAACAGCUGCUUAGACCCAGUUAUGUAUUUCCUAAUGUCCAGAAGUGUCCGUAAGACUGUAUUCCAACUUAUUUGCAGAAGAAUUCAUGGAGAUUCAGGCCUAACUCUGGAAAGCACUUCAGAAAUAAAACUUGGACAAUAUACACAAGAGCGAUUAUCUACUACCACUCCCCACACAAGUUCUUUGAAGAAGAAGUCUCUGAUUUGAUUGUUUAAAUGAAUGGGUACUAGCUUCUCUUUGUCACUCCAGGACAUCAAUUUAAGACUACCAAAUGCUAUACUGUAGAGCUACUAAUCCUGCCUCUGUCUUCCUGUUAAAAAUGAGAAGUCUUACUUCUGUUUGUGAAAAUGAGAAGUUACUCUUCAGAAGUAUUUUACUCUUGUUUAUCCAAGAAAACAAAACAGGAAGUUCUCAGACAUCUUCUGUUGGACUAAACUAGAACACUAACUCUUUAAGGAGAUUUUCACCAAGUGGUGUCAACCUGCAUAAGGAAUCUUGUAUAUAGACAUUAAUAUUACCAACUUGUGUAUGUAAAUAAUAGAUGAAUUUUGCAAAAAGUAAAUUGUGUCCAUUUGAAAAAGCUCCAUAAACCAUUACAGAUUUUAUGUACUUCUCUGUUUUAACAGGUUUCAAAGAGAUCAGCAUUUUAAUUACAUUUAUGUAAGUAUUUUUUCCAAGAAAAUAUUUGAGAAUUUAGCAACAUAUGUAGCUUAAAAAUGAGGUGAAUAAUACAACUGCCAUUAAUUCAGUUAUAAUUACAGAAGAUACACUUAGUUUUAUUAAACAGCAAAAUUAAAAUAUUCAAGCCUCCUAAGCUCCUUAUUAUAUUUUCAACAUUUUAAUGAAUGUCAAGGUUGAACACCUGAGGAAAACUAAGCAAUGCUUUUAGAAAUUAGAAAUUAAUGAAGGAGAGAUGACAUAUGGGUAUUUUCAGUUACCUAAGAUCUCCUUCAAACUCUGACAAAUUUGGUGACUGCAGCUACACAAAGUAGUUCAAGAAGGAAAAUAAAAACUCACAGAACUGAGCGUAAAGAACAGAAUAGAAAAAUUAGCUCUCGUGAAGACUUGACACACAAGCUCUGAUCUUUACUUGGGCUCAGUCACCGGUCUACUUACAGAUUUCCAAAGCCAGGCAUUUCAGCUGCACGCUUCCUCCCUGGCACAGGCCUUCUCUUUUCACGUGAUUAAAAUAAUCUUGAUAAUUGCUGAUGCUAUCUCAUUAGCAAAGUAACAGCAAUGUCCCAUAGAUACAACUAUAUUCUCAGCUUAAAACCAAACAAGUUUAUGUAUUUAGGCACAAACCAAAAUUUCAAACUGUAACAUUGUUCAAAAAAAAGGGGGCUGAAGGUGGGGGUUGUUUGACCCAAAGACGAGUAAAGAGGCAGUUAUACGAAGAACAACUUAAACGUCUGGCAUGAGAGGCCAGAAAGGUGAACAAAUCAGACACUAGAUGUUAAGCUCCAUAAAAUAAGGAUUUAUUAUCCUGAACAUACCAAGCAAUAUUGCUCAUGUAAGCUGGUUUAAAGAACUUGGUUUUAAUACGACUACCAGUAACUUCUCUGAUGGAUCACAUGACUUUUAAUGCCAAAUCUUUGUCAAACUUGUGGAUUUUUACUAAUUCUGUACAGUAUUCUGGUUUUACAGAAGCUACUCAUAAAAAUCCUAUUGAGCAAAGUAAACGUAACACUUCACCUCUGCUAGAUAUAAACUUGGUUUAAUUUUUAUGUGUUUUUACUUCAUUCAGUAUUGGUGAAACUGGGUAUAAACACAUUAAACAAAUUACCGUUACUAGCUAA